CUAACCCAAAACGAGAGCAGCAUGUAACAGAAUAAGUGGGCGAAGGCCGUCUUAUGAAGCAGCAGUUCAAAACCGCUCGGAUUACCUCCCUAACUCGUGCAUCUCUCCUUAGGCCAGGGGCAUCAACCACCAGAGAGGAAUAGGAGAUUUGCCUUCCAUCCUCCACAAUUUGGCCCGCCGCCAAGCUUUCGCGCUACUCCACGCUCGCUCGGCAUGACCAGCCUGGAUACUCCAGAUCCACCGCUGGCUCUCCCAAACACAUCACAUCCUACCCAUGACUUUCCGCUCAAAACCUUCUUCAACCCUCCUUCCUCAUCCAACUCCGACUCCGAUAGCGAAUGCGUACGUGACCCUCCUCGCGCGAACUUCGCAAUAGUGCGUCCUUCGAUCCACAUCAGUAUGGAUGACAACAAGCCUGUUACUCAUACACGUCGACGCUCAACCUCAACCUCAUUAGUUGGAACUUCAGGUCCAUCGAAAGACAAGAAAGAUACGAAAAAGCACGGCAAGCCGCAGUCCGACAACAUCCCUGAGGAGCAAGGGGCUUCCGACUCCGAGUCUACGGAUAAGACUGACAGCGACGACCUCGAACUCGACGACAUGAGCGCGGAUGGCUUGGAAGACGACGAGGAGACCGGUUUGACUGGGAGAGACAGGAGGCGGAGGAGGAGAAGGAAGAGAAAAAACACUUUGCUGGACCAAAGAAUCAUCCCAGACGGCAAGCUGACCAAGGAGGAGGAGAAGGCUGCAAAUCAGACAUUGAUUCGAUCUAUGGUGAUCAAUGCUGUAUUGAUCGGUCUUUGGUACACCUUCUCCAUCUCCAUCUCAGUGUACAAUAAGUGGAUGUUCAAGGAGGAGAAGGAGGACGGGGAGUCCCAUAAUAUCUUCCCGUUCCCGCUCUUUACCACGUGUCUACAUAUGAUAGUCCAGUUUUCACUCGCGUCUCUGGUUCUCUACGUGGUACCUUCGUUACGCCCCCGCCACGACUCUCUCAGUUCAAACGAACCCGGAACUCGAGCGGAGACUGUCGAUUAUAACAAGCCGUUAAUGACGAAAUGGUUCUACUUCUCUCGUCUCGGGCCAUGCGGUGCGGCCACUGGCAUGGACAUUGGCCUGGGAAACACAAGUCUAAAGUUCAUAUCUCUGACUUUCUUUACAAUGUGCAAAUCUUCCGCUCUUGGCUUCGUGCUAAUCUUCGCGUUCCUUUUCCGACUCGAAAAACCAUCCUGGAGGCUUGUUAUCAUAAUUGGUGUUAUGACGAUGGGUGUGGUCAUGAUGGUCGCUGGCGAAACUGCAUUUGAUGCCCGCGGUUUUAUUCUCGUCAUGGCUUCGGCCUGUUCCUCCGGCUUCCGUUGGUCGCUCACCCAAAUCCUCCUUCUCCGCAAUCCAGCCACCGCGAAUCCAUUUUCCUCAAUCUUCUUUCUGGCGCCCGUCAUGUUCCUCAGUCUAUUCGUUUUAGCCGUUCCGGUAGAAGGGUUUCCAGCGCUUCUUGAAGGUCUUUCGAAGCUGUUCGACAACAAAGGCACUUUCCUCGGCAUCGGCAUCCUUAUUUUUCCCGGAGUACUCGCAUUUCUCAUGACGGCCUCCGAAUUUGCCCUACUAAAGCGGACGAGCGUCGUCACUCUUAGCAUUUGUGGUAUAUUCAAAGAGGUGGUAACUAUUACUACCGCAAACCUUGUCUUCCACGACCCACUGACACCGAUCAACCUGACCGGUCUUCUCGUCACUAUCAUCAGUAUUGGCGCUUACAACUAUUUCAAGAUCCAGAAAAUGCGCGAUGAUGCUAGGAAUAAGGUGCAUUUGGCGAAUCAAGAAUAUGCGCCAGUCGAUACCCAAGACCCAGACCGCAAUCCGCGAGCCGAGGUACAUACCAGUUCACUGCUACGCAGCAGUUUACAGCUAAACUCAGGGACUGCUGCAUCUCAGGCACCUGUUGCCGAAGGCCCGUCUAGAGCUUCUCCAGUAAAAAGACCAGAAGACCUGGAAUGA